UUAGAAUUGAGUAAUCCUUUACGAACAAGGAGGCACGCUCAUUGAUCUUCUCUUUUUUACUUCCUUUUAAUUUCCUGUUUGCUGUCAUAUUACCAGAAAUGUAUGAUCGUGAACCGAAUUCACAUCCAGCAGAUUCUGUGAAUGAAAUGCUAAUGGAAUCGGCUAAAGAAGGAUCUGGUCAUAUGAGUUCAGAGGGAAAGCCCAAUGACACAGAAAUAAAAGCGCGUGUCAAUGCCAUGUGGGAGCAAAUGAAUAAAGGGGUGUCUAGUAAAACACUAAAAGGUUUGUCAACCAAACGAAGUCCAGUGGUGAAUAAAAACUCAAAGAAACCAUCCAAUAAUUGGAUUGCAUAUCUAGGUAUGGCGUCAAAGAAGAUUGAACCUCAAGAAAAAGAUACAUUAUCAGAAGGACCCAAGGUUCUGCAGGACAGUUCCAUGGAUGAUGCUAAGAUGCUUGCUGCUACUGCUCUCUCAGCUGUUAGGGAUGCUACAGCUACCAUUUCUGGCAGGGGGAAAGUUGAGAUCACAGAGAUUAGGGACUUCGCAGGCCAAAAUGUUGAAAUUAAGAAGUUUGUAGAUGCUGAUUCUAAGGAAGCAUACGAGAAGAUGAAGGCACCUGCUACUUCAGCUGUUGAUGCAAUCCUGGAACAAAUCAAGAAGAAACAAAAGCUUAGUGUUCUUGACAAGACAAAAAAGGACUGGGGAGAGUUCAAGGAAGAAACCAAGGGGUUGGAAGAGGACUUGGAAUCUUACAAGAAGAGCUCAAACCAGUAUCUCGAUAAAGUUUCGUUCUUGCAGCGAGCCGAUUACAGGGAGUUUGAACGAGAGAGGGAUGCACGGUUGGCUCUGCAGGCCAGGAGGAGGCCUGAUAUGCGAGAGGAGCCAUGAUUAAUAAACCAUCAAGAGAAGCAAGCUCUGUGGAGAAUGUGCCGUAAGUAUUUAAGGUUGUUCUUGAAUUUCUUGUGCGUAUCACUUCCAAUAGGCAGUACAGUCGGCUCAGAUGAUUUGGAAGUGAGUAAUGGUUCGUUGUGUGCCCAUGGCGUAUUCUGAUAUCUGCGUGACAAAAACUGCAAAUCAUGCUUCGACGUAAAUCUUGGUCUCCUACCAUCUGAAAGAUUUCUUGUAGCACUUAUCUUUCAUUCUUCUGUUGUGUACAGACAAAUCUUGGAGCUACGGUUGGUUACUCAACGGAUUAAGGCAUCUAUACUAAUAUGAGCAUAGCUUAGCCAGUAGUAUGUGUUAUCAACAAAAAGGUCAGAGGUUUGAAUU